AUGCAGGACAUUCGCUUGAAUGCCGCUCUGGUGGCCUGCUUCACUCUUUUCCCAGCAUUUACUGCUGCCUUUUGGCGUCUGCCCUGCCGUGGGACAGCUGGCCUUGCCAGACUUGAUCCUCUUGUGUCCCCAGGCCAGAUCUCGUCUCAUGUGCAUUCAAUUCACGGGGCAGGAAAUUUCGGCAUGAAUUCCGAUAUGGCCUCUCUGCGUGAGUCGAGCUGCACGUCUUGUGCCGUGACGCAAGAUAAUUCGGCGUAUUGGACUCCUGCGCUAUACUUCAUGCAUACAAAUGGCAGUGCCGAAGUUGUUGAAGCGGUUGGAGGUAUGCUUGCAUACUAUCUCCUUUACGGUGAUAAUAUCACCGCCUUUCCAGAUAACUUCCGUAUGUUGGCUGGAGAUCCUUUCCAGCGAAACUUCACCUAUCCAAUUCCCGAUCCCCCCAAGUCUGAUUGGACAGGUGAUCAGUUGACACAGGCGGCGCUUCGCCAAAAAGCUAUUGGUUUCAACUGCCUGAACUAUGAGGAAACCGCCGAGGGCUCCCUAUAUCGCCAUUUCAUGCCAAACAAAACCUUCCUCGACGAACAGUGCACAGACGGACUUCGUCUGGAGCUGAUGUUCCCCUCCUGCUGGAACGGAAAGGAUGUCGACUCUACAGACCACAAAUCUCACGUUGCGUAUCCCGAUCUCGUAAUGACUGGUGAUUGUCCAGAGGGCUACGAGACACGGCUUGUUUCGCUCUUCUUCGAAACCAUCUGGGACACGUACGCUUUCAAGGACGUGGACGGCUACUUUACACUUGCGAAUGGCGACCCGACUGGCUUUGGCUACCAUGGCGAUUUUAUGUACGGAUGGGAGGAUGGAGUGCUGCAAGAUGCCGUUGACUCCUGCACAAGUGACACUGGCCUUGUGGAAGACUGUGAAAUUUUCGAUAUCCAAUCCCAAACAGAUGAGACUCAGUGCACCAUUGACUUGCCUGCUGGAAUUCGACAUGAAAACACUUAUAUGCAUGCUGACGGCUUGCCGGGUAAUAUGCCUAUCGAAUGGGGCCCUGGAUACGCGAUGCAAGCGGACAUGUCGAUCUCUACUACGGCUGCUGCGGUAGUUUCUCUUUCAGUCAGCUUCCACAUAGACCAACAAGUUGCUACGACAACUGAAUCUACAUCGACCUCGACCACUCCCACGCCGACGCCUGUCGCUUCCACCUACUUAGAUACCAUCACUGAAGAAAUUAUCUUUAUCGAAAAGGAAAUCAUCCUCAUGUACGACGACGAAAGCGGCAUUCCAUAUGCUACAGAAACUGGCGGCUUAAACGCAGUUUCCUCGACAACGACUACUUUUACAGAGACUGCCACCACAAUAUCAUAUGUUGAACGGGACAAUGUCGCCGAUGAAAAAAUCGGCACUAUCAACAACCAUGCGCGGAGGCAUGCGCGCAGUCUGCAUCAUAGACGAGACAAGUACUAA